AUGGACGUGUUCAUGGAAAGGUUGGAAAGGGACAAGAGUGGAGCAACCCACCACACUCCGCGCCAGCCCACACUCGCGAGGACGCACGCCGCAGACAGCUGAAGCAGUUGAAUGAAACGAAACGAGAUCUAUCCAGGAGAGAGACAACUAGGACACACACAAACUGCAAUAGGAGAGAGAAGCUGUAGAGAGAGAAACAACAAGGAGAGAGGGGGAACAUAACCACGGCCGGAGAUGCCAAAAAUAGAUCUUCCCGGCCUAGGCAAGAAAUCAAAAUCCUCAGCCAACAAUCCGUCGCAUUUGCGCCCCCUGUACGGCGAAUCCGCCAUGAGGAGGGCGAGGAUUCUCCUCCUCCCCCUCCUGCUCCUCCUCGCCGUCGCCGGCCCCGCCGCCGCGGCGACGGCCAUGACCGCGGACGCGGGCAUCAUCUUGGACCUCGCCAAGUCGCUGACUAACCCGCCGCCGUCCUGGACCGGCACCGACGUCUGCGGCGGCGUCUCCUUCAGCGGCAUCACCUGCGACGGCGCCGGCCGCGUCACCGGCAUCAACCUCGUCAAGCUGCAUUUAUCCGGCACCCUUUCCUCGUCCCUCGCCAACCUCACCUCCCUCCAGUCGCUGCAGCUCCAAGGUAAUGUGCUGGAGGGCGACGUGCCCUCACUGGCCCGAAUGGGUUCCCUCGAGACCCUCGUUCUCGACGGCAACGCCUUCUCCGCCCUGCCGCCGGACUUCCUCGAGGGUCUCCCCUCGCUGCUCAAACUCAGCAUGGACAACCUCCCUCUCAAUCCAUGGAGUAUCCCCGACGCCAUCGCGGGGUGCGCCAUGCUGCAGACCUUCUCGGCUUCCAACGCCUCUGUCUCUGGUUCCUUACCGGCGGUUCUUGCCAACCUGACAUCGCUACAGACGCUGCGGCUGUCGUACAAUAACCUCACCGGGGUCCUGCCGGUGGGGUUAGAGGCGUUGGGUGCGCUGGAGACACUGCAGCUAAACAACCAGAAGUCGGAUGGCAAGCUGUCAGGGCCAAUUGACGUCGUGGCGAAGUUGCCGAGCUUGAAGACACUGUGGCUUCAGUCCAACUUGUUCACCGGCCCGAUCCCAGAGUUUGACCCAAACUCACAGCUGGAGAUCUUCAAUGUCAGGGACAACAAGCUCACCGGACCGGUGCCACCCUCUCUUUCAGGGAUCGCAAGCCUUCAGGAUGUGUCGCUGUCCAAUAAUUUUCUUCAAGGGCCCAAACCAAACUUUACAGCUAAGACUGUGGAUUUGAAAUCAGGGAACGGGUUCUGUCGAGAAGACUCUGGGCCAUGCGAUCCGCUGGUGACCACUCUGCUUGAGGUGGCUUUAGGUUUUGGAUACCCAUUGCAGCUUGCGAAGUGGGCAGGAAACAACCCGUGCGAUCCAUGGCCUGGUAUUUCCUGCAUCAAAAUGGAUGUGACUCAAAUCAAAUUGCCUCGCCAGAACUUGUCGGGAAUUAUUUCACCGGCUUUUGCAAGCCUGAAUAGGCUUCAACGGUUGGAUCUGUCUAACAAUCAACUCACCGGGGUGAUACCAGAUGCUUUGACGACACUGGAAACCCUCAAAUAUCUUGAUGUCUCAAAUAAUCGCCUUACUGGACAAGUGCCUGAGUUUAAGCAGCCGAAUAUAAAGUUGAUGACUGCAGGCAACCGGUUUGGGGAAUCAGGUGGUGAUAGUGGAGGGGGUGGCUCCAAUGAUGGGUCCUCAUCUUCAAAUCCUACAGGUUCACAUAACUCAAAGUCAAAUGUGGGAAUGAUCAUUGGAAUUCUUCUAUCUGUCAUUCUUCUUGUCAUUUGCAUUGGGCUUUUCCUACAUCAUCGAAGGAAAAAGAAUGUGGACAAGUUCAGUCCUGUCCCAACAAAGAGCCCUUCUGGUGAAUCGGAGAUGAUGAAGAUUCAGAUAGUUGGGACAAAUGGGCAUAGCAGCAUAAGUGGUUCUGUCCCAACCGAGCUUUACAGUCAUUCAAGUGUUGACAGCACAAACAUUGCUGACCUCUUCGAGUCCCAUGGGAUGCAGUUACCGAUGAGUGUGCUACUAAAGGCCACAAACAACUUUGAUGAGGACUACAUCUUAGGUAGAGGGGGCUUUGGGGUGGUUUAUAAGGGGACACUCAAUGGCAAGCUCGUUGCUGUGAAGAGGUGCGACAGUGGCACUAUGGGAACUAAAGGGCUGCAAGAAUUCAUGGCUGAGAUUGACGUUCUUAGGAAGGUGAGACAUCGACACUUGGUUGCAUUGCUUGGGUACUGCACCCAUGGCAAUGAGAGGCUCUUGGUCUAUGAAUAUAUGUCGGGAGGAACACUGCGCGAGCACUUGUGUGAUCUUCAGCAGAGUGGUUAUACUCCUCUUACAUGGACACAAAGGAUGACAAUAGCUUUGGAUGUUGCCCGGGGGAUAGAAUAUUUGCAUGGUUUGGCGCAGGAGACUUUCAUCCAUAGGGAUCUGAAGCCUUCCAACAUAUUGUUGGAUCAAGACUUAAGAGCCAAGGUUUCGGACUUUGGAUUGGUCAAGCUUGCGAAAGAUACAGAUAAGUCCAUGAUGACAAGAGUAGCAGGAACAUUUGGGUACCUUGCACCUGAAUAUGCCACUACAGGAAAGGUCACUACAAAAGUAGAUGUGUAUGCAUACGGUGUGAUACUAAUGGAGAUGAUUACGGGAAGGAAAGUACUCGAUGACUCAUUACCCGAGGAUGAAACACAUCUUGUAACGAUCUUCCGGAAAAAUAUGCUUGACAGAGAGAAGUUCAGGAAGUUUUUGGACCCCGCCCUGGAGCUCAGUGCUGAAUCUUGGAACAGCUUGCUGGAGGUGGCUGAUCUUGCUCGCCAUUGCACGGCGCGGGAACCACACCAGCGGCCAGACAUGUGCCACUGUGUGAACAGGCUUUCUAGCCUAGUGGAUCAGUGGAAGCCAACGAAUGUUAUUGAUGACGACGAGGAGGGUGGGACAAGCGAGAUGGGUCUUCACCAACAGCUAGAGAGAUGGAGAUGCGGUGAUUUCACUAUAUCAGAUUCGGAGUCAUUCAGCACAUACAACACAUCAAGGAAGUACCAUUGACAAUUAGUGAGUCCUUUCCUUUGUCAUAUAUAAAUGAGGAACCAUGAUCUGGGGCAUCAAGAGGCUCUCUACAGCUAUGUAGAUCACGAACAGCUUUGAAGGGCAACGUGCCAGCCUGUCAGGUAUUGUAGUUACCCCACUGAAAACAAGGUUGGUUACUUGAUAAUCAGCAUAUACAUUAAUGGCUGCUAACCUGGUUUAAACUUGAGGGAAGUCGUGAUACUUGAAACUUGUGCUGUAUCUAGCUUAUCCAGUUUGUAUCACUGCCUCACUGGGGGCAUUGAGAAACAGUUUGUUAAGAGGGAAAAGACACGAAAGAAACCAUACUUCCGAAAGUGCAUUCUGGUGGUUAGUUUUUUAGGCCGCAGAGGGUUGCUUUUUGUGUACAACCAACCUUGAUUUAUUAUUACUUACUCCCUCCGUAACAAAAUAAAAUUCGUUUUAGCUUUUUA